AUGGAGGGUGAAAACAUAACCAGAACCAGGUCGUCUACUCGGACGCGCCUACCACAGGCUGGCCUACGUGAGGCCAGCUCCGCGACGACCAAUUCGCGCUCCGGCAUCAUGGCGCCAGGUACAAUAGCAAACAAGGCUAUGAGCAUGUCGCGUAUGGAAGACCCUGAAUCACUGGCGCAACAUGAACUGACAGCGCCGGAAGCAACCCGUCCGAAAACCGCAAACUUGGAAACGAAGAGACCUGGAUCCGUCACCCGACAACCUAGUACCACGACCAGGGCACAUACCCGGGGAAACUCGUACUCAUCUUCAACCAUGUCCCGGCCGACCGCGCCUGGGUCUCGCGCAGCCAACGGCUCCUUUUCCUCAACUGUCGGCCCCGGCACGCGCCCAGCAACGGCCAUGUCCCGGCAUCAAUCGUCCUUCAACGGCCGCAGACCCGUCGGCGCAUCGAUUCCGCGCGCAGCGAGCGCCUUGGAUACCCAUAUGGAAGAUGUCUCUCCCAGUGUGCUAGGAAAACGAAAGGGUAUGCCACAAUUUCCCUUAUCUCCCAGUCGUAUCCCUUCCUGCCCCGUUGGAACCGUGUCCCCCGGAUUGGAUGAAGGUUGGAAUGUGGUUGGUGAAUUGGCAGCGCUCUCUGUCUCUGAGAAACCUGUCUCUUUUCCAAAUCUUUCCAACUUAGCAACUAUCCCCGUGUUGCCCAGUACCCCAUUUCGGAAUGUUUCCACUGUUACCACCCCAAAGUCACCCGGACAUGUGCAGUCCUCUGCGUCUUCUUAUUUUACCGCCCCUAUUGCACCUCCCAGAAGCCCAUCACAUUCCCAGCGGCGCAUUGUCAAGAAAUCCUCCCACCCCGCGUUUUUGACCAAAGGUUCUUCGAUCAGAAAUUUUGACAAUAUUACAGGCCCGGAAUGGGAUCAAGCUUCUCGCGAAAAGAGCAUGGAGGGAUUAAUGCAGACUUUUAUGGCCCAGGUAAAUCAACAAGGUCAAGCAAGCUCUGGUCUCAAGGACUCGAUUGAUAUCUACAAGUCCAGAAUCAACGAGCUCGAAACCUCUCGGGAUGAGUUGAAAGAACUUAACAUUACCCAGCGCGUGGAAUUAGAUUCGCUGCGAAACCAGUUACGUACGGCAGAACAGGCGCUUAAAGAGGACAAGCGAGACCAUGAAAUCGCUAUGGAUGAUCUUUACCAGCGCCAACGUAUUGAAUUGGAUUCACUCCAACAACAAAGCAGGAGAGAAGUUGGCACAAUCACUGACAGACAUCAAGAGGAGGUUCGCGACCUGAAACGACGAUUUGAUCGCGAGAUUGAAGACGAGAAAGCAGCACGAGUAAGCGCGCUCGGCAAGCUGACUUCCCAAUCUACACUUGAUAUCCAGAAGUUUCAAAUUGAAUUGGAAAGGAAGGAGCGUGAAAUUACGACAUUGCAUGAUGGGCUACAGACCCUGAAGGCGGAACUCGAUCGGGAACGACGAACUGUGCAGGAACUCAAACUCAACCUGGAUACCACAAGCAGCAACAGCGUUACGCUAGAGUCAUCAAUUCGUGCUCUUAAGGCACGCAUUGAGUUCCUUGAAAGUGGACGAGAGGAACAGUCUAAAUCCUUUGAGCGGUGCAACCAGGAGAUGAUGGAUGCAUUUGCCGAGACGGAGGCGAUAAAGGAGAAGCUGCGCAGGGAAGAGACACUCCGACGUAAACUUCAUAACCAAGUGCAAGAGCUCAAAGGCAACAUCCGCGUGUUCUGCCGAGUUCGCCCUUCGCUCAACAGUGAACCUGCCUCCGAUAUCGCUCUCAUGCAGUAUCCUGAUGAAAGCGACGAUGGAAAGGAGAUUAAUAUCCUUGGCCCCGAAGAGAAAACCAGUCUUGGAACAGUUAACCGGAAAAACAACACUUUCUCGUUUGAUCGUGUAUUCAAUCCGUCCACCCAGAACGCCGAGGUUUUUGAUGAGAUUAGCCAGCUUGUUCAGAGCGCCUUGGAUGGCUACAAUGUUUGCAUUUUCUGUUAUGGUCAAACUGGUAGUGGCAAGACGCACACAAUGUCAUCGGCCGACGGCAUGAUUCCUCGUGCUGUUCACCAGAUUUACGAGACCGCGCAAGGUCUGGAAGAGAAGGGUUGGCGGUACUCGAUGGCCGGCAACUUUGUCGAAGUUUACAACGAAAACCUCAAUGAUCUCUUGGGAAACCCCGAUGAAUUGGAUAAGAAGAAGCAUGAGAUCCGCCAUGACAUGCAGCGUGGCAAGACUACUAUUACCGAUAUUACAACUGUCAACUUGGACUCUCCCGAGAUGGUUGAGUCUAUGCUUAAGAAUGCGGAUGCCAACCGCUCAGUAGCAGCGACCAAGGCCAACCAGCGCUCAUCGCGGUCCCAUUCUGUCUUCAUUCUCAAGCUCACCGGCCAGAACCACAUCACUGGCGAACGCAGCGAAGGAACGUUGAACCUCGUUGACUUGGCAGGAAGCGAACGUCUGAGCCACAGUGGGGCGACCGGCGAACGUUUGAAAGAGACACAAAACAUCAACCGUAGCCUCAGCUCUCUGGGCGAUGUGAUUUCAGCUCUCGGCCAAGGUAAAGAGGGAGGCCACAUCCCAUACCGGAACAGCAAGCUCACCUACCUCCUCCAGUUCUCCUUGGGUGGAAACUCCAAGACUCUCAUGUUUGUUAUGGUCAGCCCGCUCCAGGCGCACAUGUCGGAGACCUUGACCAGCUUGAAGUUCGCCACCAAAGUACACAACACCCACAUUGGCACCGCAAAGCGACAGGCGCGUGUUCGUGACGCCUGA